ACAGCUCUCUGCCACUUCUCGCUUGCUCUUCGCUUUCCUCUACAGUGUGCGAGACACACUCCUACCUGUCUGGAACUGUCUGCUUUUACUAUCCUGGCACUCAUAGUCCAGCACAUGUGGUAACAUCCGCGACGCGCUUCACAAGAAUCACGACUCGAGACGUUUUGAGACGUCGCACCUUCUGCAUCGAGGCUCUUUUCGCGAGCAAACACCAUGGGCAUCACAGGUCUUCUGCCUCUCAUGAGGGACAUUCAGGUCCAGCGACCACUGUCAUAUUUCGCCGGACAAACCCUUGCCGUGGACGCAUACGUGUGGCUACACAAAGGGAUCUGCGGAUGUGCGCCGGAGUUAGCGACGAAGAAACCUACAACAAAGUAUGUCGACUACGCAAUGCAUCGUGUCCGCAUGCUGCAACAUCACCGUAUUCAACCGUACGUCGUCUUCGACGGAGGUCCGCUCCCGGCAAAGCAGAGAACCGAAUCAGACCGGAAGAAACGGCGUGAUGAGAAUCUCGCCCGUGCCAAUGCGCUGGCAGCCCAAGGCAAGCACAGAGAUGCUCGUGAGUACUACACGAAGUGCGUCGACGUCACGCCCCAAAUGGCAUAUCAGCUCAUCAAGGCACUGCGUGCAGAAUCUGUGCCAUACGUCGUCGCGCCGUACGAAGCCGACGCGCAGCUGGCGUACCUUGAGCGCAUCGGCCUCGUCGACGGAAUAAUUACGGAGGAUUCCGACCUACUUGUCUUCGGAUGCAGGAAAGUGCUUCUCAAAAUGGACGUCGAUGCGAGCAGGAUCACAUGCAUCUCGCGUGACGAUUUCGCCUCCCUUGCUUCCGGCUCCUCUGGCGGGAUUUCUUUGUUUGGCUGGUCGGACGUGCAGUUUCGUCAUAUGGCGAUCUUGGGCGGGUGCGACUAUCUUCCUAACAUUCAUGGCAUCGGGUUGAAGACGGCGUGGUCGCUUCUGCGGAAAUACAAGACCGUUGAGAACGUGAUCCGCGUGUUGAGCCUGGAAGGCAAGAAGAAGAUACCACAGGGGUAUCUCGAAGCCUUCCGAAUGGCAGAGAAGGUGUUCUUGUAUCAGAGAGUGUACGAUCCCACGCAAGAAAGACUCGUGCACUUGAUGGAUCUCCCCGAAGGCGAACAAUGGGAUGAAGAGAUGGAGGCAUAUGUCGGAGCGAACCUCGAUGCGUCGUUAGCAAAGCGUGUUGCGGAAGGCGACGCGUGCCCUAUCAGUCUUCUGCCUAUGGAAGACAUUAACCCAACGUUCGCGCCACGCGCUCUCAGGCCGCUUCCAAUGAAUCAGUCAACACAGCACAGGGCGGGUAAAGAUAGAGGCAAAGCGAGGCGUAAAGUGCCGGGGAAACCUGACGCAGGCAUCCUGAGUUUCUUCCCACCGAAGGUUAAGGUGGAUGCUCCGUCGAGGGCUCUGUCACAGACCGCCACGCGCGAGGGCCAGCCUAGCGUGAAGUUAAAUACGACGGCCGGCCGUUCUAGUGGUAAACGGACGUUAGCGGAAGUGAUGGACCGAGAUAUGGCGGCCAAGCGGAAGAAGCAAGAUGAAACAUGCCCCGAGAUUCCAAUCGCUGGACCUUCAUCGUCGAGAUUCUUCUGCGCUGUUUCGUCAUCUCCACCGGGUGGGAUGGACCGGCAGUGUCAUGACCGCGAAGCCGCUGCGGACCCAUCACACCUGGAAGAGGACAAGGAGAACGUGCCGUAUCCCGAGGACGAUGAAGGGCUCAUGACUGUGUUGGACCCGGUGACGCAGGAGGACGGGUACAUCUCGCCCUCUCCAUCUAUGGUGCGGUGGGACACUCCGGAGCUGUCCUCGCCGCUGCAAGCGAGGGAGCCACCGGAACAGUACGACUCCACCGACGAUGAUGACAACUUUGGUACGGAUGUUCUUUCGAGCCCCUCAACGAUCAAGCCAAUUCCACGCCUUAUUGAACAUAUGGCAUUCGGCAAACGCAACUUGGCAAUUGGCAAUGACGAAGUUGGCACGGUGCUAGUGCGCGACACACCGUCACCCGGACGGCAUGACGAACUGGCGGUGGAGGAGGACCAGGAGUUCGGUCCUGAUCUCCGGCGGACACUGGGGGAGUGCGACUGGGAAGAGGUGACGAGUGACAGUGAAUGUGCAGACGCAUCACCGCAGCCUGUGUGCAGUACGAGCUCUUCACCCGGGCCCGUGACACCAGACGACUCGGCAGAACGAGCGCAUAAUGGAGCGAUCAUCCUGGAUGAGGACCCGGCGGAUGCCGAUGAAUUGGACGAGCUGUUGGACCCACAAGACAUUGCGAGCCGUAAUGCCAAGGUAGCGAACGGCUGGUGGGAAAAAUGGGGGCGCACGACACGGCCAAACGGUUGGAAGCAGACACCACUGAGACGUAGGGAGACCACGGUGACUCUGGACGGACGGCAGCGGCCCCUGCAGCCGCGGCCGCGCUCCGGACAGAGGGACUCAAAGCGAGAUGCGUGCGAGCAGGAUCUACGUGCGGCCGGGAGAAGGAGCCUUAUUUUCACGGAAGAGAUGCAGACAGGACCACCUUCUCAUCGCAGCAGCUGUGCACGGGCCGGCUCAGGAGGAUCCAAGAAGGAAGAGGACGUUGGUACGACAACCAAGAAUAGGCUUGCGGAGUUCAGGUAGGUCAUAGUUGUAUUUUACAUGAACACGACGUUGCGUGACCUCACCGAACCCGCGAACGUGAACAUGCAGGUGGACGGCUGGGUGACGAUUCUGUCAAUCCUGCAGGAUCUGAUACUGGCGGAAAUGAUCGCUGGUUCGUCGAGUGGAUAUUGUGUUGUGAAUUUGUUUGGUGUUCUUGGAAUGGCUAUCGAUCGCAUGUAAUGGCAUUUGGAUUGCCUGUUGUGAAGUGUGCGCUGUGGGGGAGAUUACGGCAGACCGAUCUCGACCUGA